UUACUAGUCAAAAAUAAUCUGUAAAUAAACCAGUGAUCAUAAUAUACAACUUAUUCACACCUAUUUUCACAUUAACCCACGCAAACGCAACGUGUUUUCAGUAGCAGAAGCUCCUCUCGAAACGAAAUGUUGUGUUUUUAGUUUGACGGUGAAUUUUUGCUGGGUCCAGGUGAAAAUAGGAGAUAAACAAGUCAAAAAGGGAACUAUGGACGUUAUCCGAUCUGGCACGUACUAAUGUUUAUCUCCUUUUUAAAAUUGUAUAUUGACUAAACAUAUGGAAUCUCAAUUGUCACCAGAUAGCGAAAAAAAAUUACCACCAGUGCAGAAAAAGGAAUACCAAUGGGAAGAUUUGAGGAAAGAUCGUAAGGCAGGUGGAUAUCCUUGGACACAUCUCUUAAAAGUGCCGCUGGAAGGUGAGAUCACCGCUGAAGAUAUAAUCCGAGAAACGACGCCAAGAAGAAGUAUGUCGCGAGAAUUUUCUAAAUCUCGGACUCAUUCACCUGUAGACAGAGGUAGCCAAAAAAUACUAAAUCUCGAUUCAUCUCCUGGCAGCAGUAGAAAGCAUGGUGAAGAGGGUGAGGAUGAAGGUGUUCAUAUUCCAAAUUUUUCAAAAGAAAUUUCUUUAGACUCAGAUGAUGAUAUUCUAAAUAAAAAGAGCAGUACAAAUGCACCAAAUCCUUCUGAAAGUCACCCGAGUGCACACUUAGUGGCCCCAUCAGAAAUCCCUAAAAGUGUUUCCCCAAAAAGUAUUUUGAAACGACGUAUACCAGAACCACAAUACAUAGGUGUUUCAGAAACAAGGGAAAAAACUAGAUGUUGUCACCCACUUGUAAAUAAAAUAAAACACUUAGCCGACAAAACAUUACAUAAGUUAGAUAAAACUGAAAAUGAUAAGUCACCUUUAUCAAAACGCAAGAAAAAUGAAAAAGGCCAAGAAAUCAGACAGUUAAAAAAUUCACCUGGAGCGGUCCGAAGGCAAAAAUUUAGUGCUAUUAAGUUAGGUGAUUCAGAUGAGAUGAGCAAAACUAUGAGUAUAGACACACCUCCGCCGAGAAAGAAGAAAGAACACAUAUAUGAAGAUAUUGAUGAAUCUAAGGACGAUAACCUAGAAAAAUCAUUACAAUAUUCAUUCGAUUUACAAAAACAGUACAAUGAAAAGAAUAAUAACUACAAAGAGAACGAUAGUAUUGCAGAAAUAAAAUCCAAUGCUUCUCAAGAUCCAAGUUUAGUAACUGAGGAUAACUUAUCUUUAAAAGCCGACGAUCACAUAAUGGAAAAGUUAUAUAAAAAAAAUGACACAAACAGGGAAGCUAUACUGUUAGAUGAGGAGAUGGACCCAGAUGAACCCAAUGUAGAGGAAGUGUUCCAAAAUCAAAAAGAUGAUACUCGAAAAUGUGAUGACUCUCCUAAUAUCACUAUUACUGAAAUAAUUGACGAUGACAAUAGCAUUGAGCAAUCAACAACAAUACCUAUCGAGACAUCACCAAGCCCGAGUCCUCGCGAUACUGAACGAAAACAAAAAGAUGCAGAAUCCGUCGAUAAAGAAUGGUCUAUACCCAACAGUGAUCACGAAUAUGAAAUAAUAGAGAAACCACCUCCUAAUAUAAUUUAUACAUCAGAAAAUACAGACGAAAAACCAGCCAUGGUUAAAACUGAAGACGAGUUAUCUAGUACAACAUCAUUGGAACAAAAAUAUUUACAACAUACAUCUGACGAAGAAGACCAUAUUGUGGAUGAUAAAGGUCAGACAAAUGAAGAAAAAACUAACGAAAAUUUGAUAAUUGCAGAAGCACUACAAAAAGAUAUUGAAGAACGGUUUUUUGUAAAUACGCCUUCAAGUGCAUCGAGAACUGAAUGCGAGGUUAGUACAAGUCAAAUUGAGGAUUCAUCCGCCUUAGAAAAUUUGCCUUUGAAAAGAAGCAGUCGAAACAAAAAUUCUGAUGGUACUGAAAAUAAAUUACAACAGCGUUUUAAAGAAGGAACAGGGAAAUUAAAAUCACAAGCUGGAAAACUUAAAGCCAAAUUAAAUAACAUAAGAAAUAAGCAGUUUAGUUUACCGGAGAGGCCUAAGUUUAAAAUGCCGGAACGGGCAAAAAUUUCCCUUCCAGAGAGAAGAAAAUUCAGUUUGCCAGAAAGACCUAAAUUUAAAAAAAUUAAUAUAUCUGAAAAAUUAUCUUUUGGUGACCGAAAAAAGUUUAGUUUACCGGAUCGACCUAAGUUUCAUGUUGGUGAAUUUACUAAAUUUAAAAUGCCUGAACGUAUAAAUUUUCCCAGUCUUGGCAGAAAAAAGGAGAAGAAAACUGAUAGCAAUAAAUCAGAAUCUACAUCUGACUUACAGAAUGUGGCCUCUGUAGAAUUUGAAGCUAAAACCUAUCCUAGAUUAUUUGGCAGAAAGAAAAAGCCUCCUUUAACUAAAACAUCUUCAAGCCCUAUACUAAAUAGAGAAGAUACACCACCACCAACAUUUACAUUUACUAGGAUGAAAAAAAGUAACCAAGAAGAGCCUUCCUCAUAUAUACCAGAUACUUCAGAACAACCACGAGAGUAUGGUUUUGUGGAUAAUGACAUCAACUAUGAAACCGAAAUGGAAGGAAGGAAACAAUUUAGCACCACAUAUGAUUUUGACAAACUGGACCAAGAAUACGUAGAUGAAGAGGAAAAUCAAGAAAUCCUUAAAGAUAAUCUUAUCUCAGUACAAAACGCAUCGCCGUCUGAUCAAGAAUAUACACAUAUAAACGAAUUAAAUAAUGACGAAUUUUUUGUACGACCGAGAGGAAUUUCUCGUGAAAAUAUUCAAGUUCGGGAAUAUUUAAGCGAUGAAAUUCGACAAGCAUUUAACAUUCCCAAAAAUGUUCUUGCUGUUAUGGGGAAUACCCAGGAAAUAAAAAAUACUUAUGCGAACGAACCAGAAGCUGAUUCAGAAUUUAUGAUUGAUGAUGAGCCAACAAGAUAUUCAACCGAGGAUAUAAAUGAAAGAGAUGAUGGAUAUUAUACAUUCCCACCUGUAAGACCUUCUAGAGCAAAACGAAAGAAAAAGGAUACCGAAUCAAUAAAAUUUAUUGAUGAUAGUGUGAAUGCCAGCAUACAAUUUAGUGAAGUAGAUUUAGGUCUCUCGGAGGAUCAACUACAUAACAAACAAAUAAACGGUGAUAUUGAUGGCGAUAGAGAAGUCGGAUUCAAUAGUUCGGUUAACGACUUUGACAUAAAACCGACCACAGAUCUACAUUCAAUACAUGAAUAUGCAAAUGAUGAUGUUAUAGAAUACCCAGAUGGUCUUACAAUUCAGUCAAAAACUCUUCCGAUGCCACCAAAAAGAAAGAAAAAGUCCAUAAAAAAGGAUCAAAAGCAUUCGUCGUUAAAUGAUUUUAAUAAUUUUACUACACCAGAAAUGUGGCGUUCAUCCAAAGAUCCAAAUGAUAUCAUCGUGUAUAGAACAGAGCACGAAUAUAUUGUUCCUCAAAGUGAUAUACCGAUAGCCGAGCAAAGUCCUGUGCCUCCAAGACGUAAUCAAUCAAGGAGCUCUCGAACGACGUCUGUAUGUGACGACGACCGAACUUCACAUGGGGCCGAAUCAUUGAUUUUGGAUACUCAUUUACCGAUCACUGAGGAUGUCAAAUUGGAAGCUGGUAUUCGUCAAGAAAGUCCCGGAUAUGCUACAGUUGAUAAAAGUUACAUACCAGGUAAAACAUCUAGACGGUCAAAAAGUAAAACACCACCUGCAAGACGUAAAAGUAAUAGUUCUGAACGCAAGUAUUACACCGUGUCGGGUGCAAAGUCUGCUUUCCCUAGUCGACCUCCAAGAAAAAAAUCGUCAACAAGUCUAAUGACUUUAAACAGUUUUAGAAAAGAUUCCUUCACUGGUGAUGUUACCCAGUAUGAUGAAAUAGGUGAACCUCAGUUUGAAGAAGUGCACAAAACCUUACAAUCUGGUGCAGUUGUAAGCAAAAUGAAAGAUCGACCCUUACCUCCACCACCACGUCCACCGAGAGGGCCUAAGCGUAAAAAAUCUGAUGAUGUAACAGAGUAUUAUAAAUCUAAAUCGGAAACACAGUUGCCAACUUCACCUAUGUUCAGUUCAAAUACAACUGAAGAGCAAGACGUUGUUGAAAUUGAAGUUUCAACACAAACAGACCCAUUGCCAGACGACAUCGAUUUUGAAUUAGGAAUCGAUGAAAAUCUUGAUAUAUCUAUGACCAGCUCACUAAGAGAUAUCAUAGACGAAGAAUCUAUGCUAGGUAAAGGUUAUGAUAAACCUGCACAACCCCGUCGUCCUUCACGGUCACUUUCAAGGUCGGAAAAGUCUCUAAAAUUGUCGGAUCCCAAAAUGUCUGAUUAUUCUAAACCAAUUCUUGGACGUACUUCACCGGCGGUAAUAUUAGUUGAAAAGCGUGUAUCAAGUCCAACGAAAAUUAAUGAAAAAGAUGAAGUCUUAACCGAAGCUUCUCUGACAGUAAAACAUAUUGAUAUUGAUGAAUCUCAAAUACCAGAUGUACCGCCACUACCCAAAUCAGUAAGUAAAAGUAUGACAACGCCACAAUCGUCUAAUGUUACAACUACGGAAGAUAGUCGAGCGAUUAAAAGAGUUUCUGAUUCAUGCAGAGAUGUACAAGUAGACAAUUUAAUAACACAAAGACUGCAAGUCAAAGAUUUAGAUGUGGGUCGAUUAAACGUUUCUGAGUUGCAGGCUACGAAAAUUCUUGUAUCAGAUAUUGAAGGUAUGACAUUAAAUGUAAACGAAUUGGAUUCUAAGUCUGGUCAUAUUUCAGUGAGCGGGAUUGAAUUUUCACAAUCAGUUAUAGACGAAAUUGUCAAAAAAUUUGCUGAAAUAUCGACCAGCACUGCUCCUACUGUACCACCGCAAAUCACGCAAACUAUAGAAACGGUGACUAUCCCAAGACCAAUAAGUAGAGAGGAAGAAACUCAAACAGAAUCUCCACCAGCCGAAACCAAGACUUCAUCGCCAUCCGUACCAGCACCUGAAACUAUUGAAGAAAUUACUGUACCUCCGCAACGACCUCCCCCCCCUGAUUUAACUCCGCUAUUAUACUCAUAUUUACAGGACAUAGCCAUCCCAUCAACUUCUUUACAGCAAGGUCGCUCGUUCAGGGAACGGCAUAUAGGGGAAUUCCACGAAAGUCAAUUUCAAAUGCCACCGUCCCCAUCUCGACGAUCAAAAAGGAAACCAACGGUUCCAUUCAGCGAGUCGAGUUCAGACGAAAACAAACCUAGGCCCUCACCAAGACGAAUGCCACCACAGGUCAGAGCUCAUGAACCAACUAUAACCGAAGCAGGGGCCCAAUUUCUUCGUGUAUGCCAAAAUUCUAUAAGUAGAACUUUUAGAAAUAUUUUCAAUACAUUCAUGUCCUACAUCAGCAGAACGGAAGAUAAAAGGGACGCUCAAAUGGCGAUGGUCAUAUUCCUUGUUUUGAUUGCAGGAUUGAUUAUGUUCGGUUUAAGCGAUAGUCGAACGAUACACCAUCAUCACUGGGAGUUUUUCAAUCCGCCGGACAAUAAACAGUGAUUGAUGAAACAAGGAAAUAAUAUCUGUUUGAAAAUUCCAAAUCAGGAACCGUUUAUUUUCUGUUUCAUAUUAGCAGUGACCUUUUUGCAAGCUUAAAAAUAAUAACAAGCAUUUCUAACCACUUUCCAGCACUAUAUUGUACCCAUCAUUUAAAAAAUAUAGAGCGUUUAAUUUAUUUUUUAUUUUUAAGUAGCUACCAUAUUUCGGUUUAGGUAAGAUUUAUUGUGACUUAUAACAUUGCACAUAAUGGAUUCAACAUUAAUAAAAAAUUAUAUUUAAGUAUAUUAUUGUAUAGGUAAUCGGUACUAAAAGGUUUUUCUAGAACGAAACGAAAAUGUAGAUAUUACAUAUUGUGUAUCCAUCCUCAAAGUUAUAUCCUCGGGUCUCUAAAGCAUUAAAUUGUUAGGUAUCCAUAUAAUUAUUUACAUGUUAUAACAUAGUUGUAUGUGUUGUUAUUAAUUGCACUGUUACCUAUGUAAACGUAGUUUGUGGGCUGGUGUUAUGCAUUUUGUAAACUUGAUUUGUUUUGUAAAUUGUACCUACUUACUUAAUUCAAAUAAAAUUUGUUCAAA